AUGCUGAAGCGCAGUGGAUGGCUCAAGAUGAUGGAGGGGGAACGGAAGUUCAACUUUGUCGGGGAGGCACCCAUCCAAGGUGCUGGUGGAAUGCCCUUUUACGGCAACCUCUACGCAGGUCGUGUAGAAAGUCAGAACUAUCUUCCGCCGCGCCAGGGUGGAUCCUCUUUGCUUGAAAAAGGAGGCUCCCUUUGGGAGGAUUCUGCAGUGCGGGCUAAAAUCGAGAGGUGCCCGUACUUUGCGUUGUGUGAUCAGGUGCUCUACCACAACAUGGAUCCCGCCUAUUUAGAUCCUGGGCUUCUCACCAAGGAGGAGCAUCACCUCCUCCUCCUUUUUAGUCGCGCGUACUAUGAAAAGUGGAGGGUAAUUCACGAGAAGCCGCCGACUGGUUUGCCACGCAUUCGCAUCCCAUACGGCAGGACGCAGGUUCUCGAUGAAAUCCUGAGCCUGCUUAAGGUCUCGCCCGCGGUAGCAGAGACUCUCAAGAAGGAUUACCUCCUGGAUGAUGCGAGCCUAAUUGCGAUGAAUCCGCGUUGUUGGGAUACAGCCUACCUCGAUCCUUUCAAUAUGGACCACUUUUCAGGGAGGGUUCUCGAGUUUGGGGAUAUGCCAAAAUCGCAGCGGGAUCGGUUCUUUUUGGUUUUGGACCAGAUGCGGCGGAUCGUCGUCGAGCGCAGGGAUACGAUGGACUCCAAUGGCGGUGUGCCCGAGCGGCUCGUGCUGCCCUUCGUGAAGGGGGUGACGCUGUACGACUUGUACAAGGAACUCGACCUACCGCCGUACUCCGGGCAGUUGAAGGUAUAUGAUUUAGUCGAUAGACGCAAUACGAAGCUUAUUCAAACGCUGAAGGAUGAGGAUACAUACUUUGACUUUUUGGUUCUUUGCUUUUUCAAGCCCAAUCUUCGUCAAGCCGUGCUAUCGGAGGAUCUCGCAGACGAGGUGGACCAUACCUGCCGUUACACCAUUACUGUAGAGCCUUUUACAACCAAGGAACGGCGAGUUGGUCGAUGGUUUUAG